AUGGCCGUCAAAAAUAACAAGAAGCGCGCCGCGCCGCCAGUUUCUGGACCUUCGAAAAAGCGCAAAGUCGCACCAACUAAGGAAGCAGACGGCGGUGGCAAGAAGAAAGUCAAAGCCAAGGGCAAGGAGAAGGCGGCGGACAGAGAGACGAUCCCCAUCCCCAUCCCCGUAGGUGACGACGAUAUAGAACUCUCCGAAGAUGUCAUGGAUAUGCUUAAGGAAUAUGGCGGUGCCGUCUCAUUCCUCAGCAGGUUAGACGAGAAGGAGAUAGCAAAGAGCAAAAAGGAGAUCGACAGACUUCAUCGUAUGCACAAGCCCGCUCGUGCACAUGUUACAGACGAUUUACCUUCCUUGGAUUCCGACGGCGAGGAAGAUGGCAGAGAAGAGUGGAGUUCUGGUCUGGAAUCGUCUGACGGAGAGGAAGAGGCAGAGAGUGUGGAUGAAGACGAAGAGGUCGUCUCCGACGAAGACGACGGUUCUGUGCCUGGUUCUGACACAGCCCCAAAACGCAAGGAGAAACGCCGCGACUCCGAUGACGAGGAAAUGCCGUAUGAAGCGGCACCGAGAAAACGUAGACCAUCUUGGGAUCCUGAGUCCGACAACGACGAAGGUAUAGAACGGCUACCCAUCAAACUUCCAGGCGGUCGUGUGCUCAAAAGCAGGGAGAAGGUGCAUCUACCCCAGGAGGAGAAGGAAGAGAGCUCGGAUGAGUCGGACGUCCUGCUCCCUCCAGAGCAGGAGCCUAAAGUCGAAGACGUGUCCACAGGGGCGCGCUUUGGUCGACUAGCAGUCGUGGACGUUAUCAGUCAGAAGUCCCGAAAGGCGCGGAUACAGGCCGCAAAGGAGCAGAUUGCUGGUAUCUGUCAGGAAAUUGUCGCAGACCCCGAGAACAGCGCAAGUGUUUUAGGUCUCCUUCGUCGUCUUCACACGUUUUCCUUGCCCCAAAUCUCGACCCCCUCGCAUCCCGAACCUGUCUCGAACGACCCUCUAAUUCGUAGAUUGACUUUCCUCUCCCAACUUGCCGUCUUCAAAGAUAUCAUUCCUGGUUACCGGAUCCGUGCUCUCACGGAUAAGGAAAAGGCUGAGAAGGUCAGUCAGAUGGUCCAGCGGACGCGAGACUGGGAGCAAGGCCUGGUCGGUGUAUACCAGCAGCAUCUCCGGUCCCUGGAGGCCGAAGUCAAAGCCAAGAACGAGCUAAGCGAUGUAGCGCUACAGUGCAUGUGCACCCUUCUAGUAGAGGUCACGCACUUCAACUUCCGGACCAACCUCAUGAGCACUAUUGUUGGCGCCCUCAGCAGGAAGUCCUGGGACAAGACAUCGGACCUCUGCCUCAACACCCUCAUCGCCGUCUUCCGGGCCGACAACACAGGGGUCUCUUCGUUGGAAAUUGUCCGAUUGCUGAACCGCAUGAUUAAAGAGCGCAAGUUCAGCGUCCAUCCGGAAGUUUUGACGUGCCUUGCCCAUUUGCGGUUGAAGACCGAGCUUGGUGUCCGUGCAUCAGAAACCAGGGCUGACAAGCCCGAUGAGCUGAAGAUGGGCAAGACCAAGGCUGCUGCGCGGCGAGCAAAGGGCAAGGAAACGGGUCAGCCGCACUUGAGCAAGAAGGCGAAAAAGGAGAAGAAGGAGAAGAAAGAGAUCGAGAAGGAGAUGAACGAGGCGGCAGCUGAGGUCGACAAGGAGGAGCGCGCCGCUCACCAAACGGAGACGCUCAAGUUGCUCUUUGUGCUGUAUUUCCGAAUACUCAAGAACCCUCACCCGACCCCGCUCUUACCGGCGGCGCUGCGCGGCAUUGCGAAAUUCGCCCAUCUGGUCAACAUCGAUUUUUUCAAGGACCUGAUGCAAGUUCUCAAGGACCUGAUGGCUCGGGAAACGCGAUCAUCAGAGGACGUCGGCGCUGAGAUUCUCCCGCACGUCAGGCUCGUUCAGCAUCAGCUCCUGUGCAUCGUUACCGCAUUCGAGCUGUUGUCAGGACAAGGGGAGGCGUUGGAGAUCGAUCUGAGCGACUUCAUCACGCGCCUGUACGCGAUGCUCCCCUCGCUCGCAUUCAUGGCCGACAUCGAAGCGCCGCCGCGGACGUCGUUCCAGGCGAGCGGAGCCGUGGCGUCGUCGCCCGGCGCACAGAGCGCGUCGGACACCCUCUUCCGCGCGCUGCACCUCGCCUUCUCGCGCCGGACCUCCGCGGGCGCCUCGCCGCCCUGGCGCUCCGCCGCGCUCGCGAAACGGCUGCUGGGCUCGUCGCUCCAGUGGCCUCCGGACACUGCCACGCGUGCCAUCGCGUUCGUCGGCGACCUGGUCGACGGUGAUCCGAAGCUCGGGGCGCUCUUGUCGACUGACGAACGCAGCGUCGACGGCGUCUACCGCCCGGACCUUGACGACCCGCAGCUGUGCCAUCCGUUCGCGACAAACUUCUGGGAGCUGCACCUCCUCGCGGAGAGGCACUGGAGCUUGCGGGUGCGGGAGGCGGCUGCAAAGCUCUUGAAUUCAUCAUCCUCAUAG